UUGAUUAUUCGAAUCAUAGUAAACAGUACAAGUCUGACAAAGCAAUUCCGAGAAUGAAUAAAGAUACUGGUGAUUGUGACUGCUCAUAUAUGGUAACAGAGGGGAAUGAGAGAGCUGUUGUGGCAGUACUUGGUCUGCUCUCUCUGCUCUGUAUCAUUACAACCAUUGCAGGAACUGUGCUUCUCUUAUACCCACGUCUGCUCCACAACUGCCUUCAAAAGUUAUUUUCCCGUCAUGUGUCCAUUGAUGAAACUCUGUACCCAGACAAAGAUGGAGCAACUGACUACUCUCAAACUUACAGGUCUUUCAGUCCUGGUGAUCCUGACGAAUACAUGUAUGAAGAGAAAGAUAAUGUAGCAAGCUGCAUGGCAACUUACAGGUCUUCUGAACAAAACUGGCCUGAUCAAGAAAACUACAGACAGCGAUAUAGAAUUGAUAGUGUGCAGGAUAACAGAUCACAGCCUUUCAGUCCUGGAUUCCCUGAAGAAAGUAUGUUUGAAGAGAAGGAUAAUGCAACAAGCGGCAUAGCAGCCUAUAGGAAUUCUCGAUCACCCUCACCAUUUCCCGAUCGAAUUUGGCUUGAUCAAGACAACCUCAGGCAGGGUUAUGUAAUUGACACAAGCAUGCAAGAUGACAGAUCACUAUCUCCACUUCAUAAAAGGAAAAACAUAGAGCCACGUGAAGCACCCAGCAACAUAAACACUUCCAGAGAGUGGGAAGAGCAGCCUUCAAUUAUGUCAUCCAUUCUAAUGUGGCGUGAUGAAGUGAACAAUGCACAGAGAGACAACAACACUUCCAAUGUGGAUAUUUCUGCAUCAGUAAUGAGGCAGCCUUCACCUUCAGUGUGGUUGCCUCCAAGUUCAUCAAGUCCAAUACAAAGCUUGAGGCCACCACUACCCGAAGAGUACAGCAUGAGAAGUCUGCCACGGUUGUCUUCUGAUCUGAUUCUGAGAGAGCCUUCACCUUCGUUCCAUGAUAAGAUUCUGAGAGAGACUUCACCUUCGUUCCAUGAUAAGAUUCUGAGAGAGCCUUCACCUUCAUUCCAUGAUAAGAUUCUAAGAGAGCCUUCACCUUCAUUCCGCGAUAAAAAUCUGAAGGCGCCUUCAUCUCAUGAUGUGAAAUCCAUACAGCAAUUGUCCCCAAAGCUGGUGAGAACAUCUCCAUCCAGACCUAGGCUUUACAAUGAAGAAAAUCCUUUAUAUUCCAGGAGCACACUUCUUGAAGAUCCAGAGUAA